ACACACACACACACACUCAAGAGUUUCUAAACUAUUAUCUGUUGAACACAAAAGGAGAUAAUGUGAAGAAUGCUGGAGCAGACACUGACGUCCACAAGAGCAGAAAUACUGAUGAAACUCAAACAGGUCUGGAGCAGUGGAGAACACACACGCGCGCACACACACACACGCACGCACACACACACACACACACUGAAUGAAGAUGAAGCGCUUCAGAAUACAGCAGAGUGUAAACAGCCGACGCUGAACUGCUGCUCUAAUAACACUGACGACACACUGAUGACCAUCAUUCCUGACUGAUACACACAUGACUGUGUGUGUGUGUGUGUGUGUGUGUGUGUUGAGCUGUUUCAGCAGAUAAAAGUGGAACUGAGUCACAUGAGUCUCUCUCUCACACACACACACACACACACACACAGAGAGAGUAACAGUAUGGUGGUUUGUCCUCCUCAGGCCUGGUUGACCUUUGCCCCCGUGGCGGGUCAGAGUGCGCAGCUGCUGUGUGUGUCUCUGCCGCUGGUGAACUGGCUCUCGCUGGUGUUUGUGCUGGCGGCCGUCGUCUGCAGCUUCAGCAGCAUGUGGGUUCUGGACACGCUGGGACUGCGCUGCUCGCUGAUCGGCAGCUCCUGGCUGAACGCAUAUCUUCUACAAAAUUCUCUGCAGAACGAGCAAAAGAUGUCUGCAGAUGCGUCUGGGCCUACUGAUGAUGAUGAUGAUGAUGAUGGUGAAAUCACAGCGGCUCUGUGCCUGAGUGCUUUAGCGCAGCCGCUAGUCAUCUUCGCUCCCACUAAACUAGCAGCUCUGUGGUUCCCGGAUCACCAGCGGGCCACGGCUAACAUGCUAGCAUCCAUGGGUAACCAGCGCACACACACACUGACUCUUGUCUUGACGUUGUGUGCAGCUCAGACUAACUGUGUGUGUGUGUGUGUGUGUGUGUGUGUGUGUGUGUCAGCAGCUCUUCAUGCUCUGCUUCUGUGCCACUUGUGUGUGUGUCCGUUUAUGUGGUGUCUGCAGCUCCUCAUAUACUCCAUACCCGCUGCAGUGGCCUGUCUGUUGGCCACUCUGGGCAUCCAUCAGGCGGUUCCACCGACUCCUGCAUCCGCCAGCAGCUCCAGCUCUGCUUCUGAACCCUUCCUACAGGGCAUCAGACAGGUACACACA